AUGAUGCUGAUCGGGCCACAAAUGGAUUUAUGUCAGGGAAUGGGUGCUGCAGAUGCUAGCAUGGCACACAUUGCACGAGUCACAAUCUCGGGAGCAUGGCAACUCGGAGAUUAUGGACUCUACGCAACCGUGCAAAACCCCAUGUUUACCCCAGCACGGAACUUCUGGGGCUUCUCGAUCUAUGACAGCAACAUGCUGCCGCUCAUGUCGGAGUCCUGGGUCUUUGGUUUCCAGAUCCAAGUGGUGUUGGAUCCAAGGCUGAAAGCCUACAACCAGGGAAACGGUGUUGACGGUGAGGCAGCCAUCAACUAUGUGGACGUCAGCUUCAUGUUGAGCACAAGGAUUCCCCCAGAACCGACACGCGCGCAUUCGGUUGUUGUGACGGCUCCCCUUGGAUUUUACUUUCCCAGCAUCUGCCAGAGCUUCACAAUCGACACGUUCACGCCUGGCUUCAGUGGAUUGCCGAAGGGCACCGGCUGUCAGGGCAGCAAUGGGAAUGUGCUGACGGUGACCAUUCCUUUCAUGCGAGAGCUUCGGAAUGCAACCUACUACAUGUUCAGAGCCCUGGUUGUGAAUCCUCGGGAGACCUUUCUGAACGUAGACUCACCCGACAAGUACUGGCGCAUCGAGUCGCAAGCCGGAGGGAUGGAGCUGGUUGACUUGAACAAGGUCAUCCCUUCAUUUGCCAUAUACCCACGCUUGCGAUACUUCGCGGUGGCCGCCCUUUCACAGGUUGGUCUGGCAUCAACUACGUACAGAAUACAUUUUCGAACAGACCAGUCGUUGCCACCGCAGCAGACUGUCCACAUCUACCCACCGGCGGGAACUACCUUUGGCGGUCUUACGGAAGGCACUUGCAUUGACAUCGAUCCUGUAUUGCUGAGCCUUCAGUUUCCGACGCCACUGAUUUCCGGAGUCACUCGGUUGCCUGAGUGGGUAUCCUGCAGGGUGGUGAGUUCAACGGAGUUGAUGCUGCGGAAUGAGGAACCCAUUUUGGGCGGCCGUCCACUGAUCUCGGGUCCAGUCUUUGAGUUCUUCAUCAUGAAUGCUACGAAUGCAGAGAGCACGCCGCAGCUCAAUCUAUUCCAGAUUGAAGCCAUUACAAGCACCCCAAUGGGCAAAGAGGUUUGGACGGCACCGGGCUGGGUGAUUUACCCGGAACUUACACUGACAUCGGUGGAGACUGCCAACCCUGGCUACGGAUUGUACACGAACUUUACCGUCACUUUGCAAACUGUCACAGAGGUGCCAUCAGGUGGUUCGAUUCGCAUCAUUGCACCUGCUGACUACUACUUUGGACCUCUGAUUGAAACAGCAGAGACACGGUACGACCCUUUGGUGUCCGAGCCGUCCCCACAAGGUGCUGGCCAGGAGCGCCCGCCACCCGAGAGAGUUACGAUCUGUCACAUCCUCCGCCCUAUGGCAUGGGCGUGCGCAUUGGAGUUUACUCCAUGCAUCAUCAUGGACGAGCUCGACGAGUUGAGAACGCUCGGCAUGAUCCUAUCACCCUCGCAAGAGGAUGCUUGGCGGACAAAUCGGACUCUUUGCCUGGACAUGAGGUCGAAAUGUGACCCAGGAGGACAACUUUCAGACCUCAUAUCCUGUGAAAGCCAGGGCAGCACCUUGGAUCUCUAUGUGGCGCCGCUGGUCUUCCUGCCGUCUCGACGAAUUUUCCGCUUGUUGAUUCAAGGCUACAAUGCACGCAAUCCUCCUGCCAGCGCUGAGGCGAACUCGUGGCACAUCAUGACGCGCAACUCCGACAGUGAGAAGACAAUCCUGGAUGAAAAGCCACAAGUGCCUGGCGUCUCACUGAUCGGCAUUGUGUCUGUGGACUCAAUGGUACCAUCCAACACAAAGGUCAGCAGCAUUGAAAACUACGUGACCGUGACCUUGCGGCUGGCUACGCAGUGUGACCCUCGAGCAAUCCUACGCAUCAAGUUCCCUAUCGAGUACAUGCGAGGUGAGAACGCGGCCUUUUCUGGCCCAGCCAUACAGACUGGCUUCACGUUUCCUCAGCAGGUUGAACGGCGCCAAAGCUUAAAUACGAUUGAGCUGGAAGCCAUUGAAGAAGCCUACCCAGCAAACAUCCCCUUGGUCGUCGUUCUCGGGCUGAGCAAUCCCGAAAUAUCGCCGACCCGGGCGAACAAUAUUUGGACUUUCGAAGCUUUCAGCUUAUCCACUGGCACAGCAGAGUUGCUGAAUGUCAAUCUCAAUGUCACUGGCUUCAAGAUCUUCGGUGAGUUUUCCGGGGCAUAUGUUACGGGGACUGUGCUGUCUCCGCUAGCUUCCAAUGUAGUUGGCAUUUGGUUCAACCUAAAGAGCCCCUUGAGAGCCAGCUUGGAGACUGGACAGACGAGCCAGAUGAGGCUUUGGUUGCCACCUACCUUCCAGCCACUACCGGACUGUGGAAAUGCCUUGUUCUCCUUGUCUUAUGACAUAAGCCGUGAGCUGGUGAAGAACCCCUUUCCUAUCACGAUCGCAUACCUCUCACUGCCCUCCGGAACGUACUGCUUUGACAAGUACGACCCCGUGAGCGGCCAGUGGUACGUGGAACUCACCAUUGAGCAGGAAGUCUCUUACGGUCUCGACUAUGCUUUCGAGUUCGGUUUGACGAAUCCCUUCCGCACUCCACCUACUGCAGAUAACGUGUGGCGUUUCGAAUCGCUCCAGAAUGGCGUGAUCCUCCAUUUGCGGCGAAGCGUUCCAGGGUUUGAGCUGGAGCAAAUCAAGGAAGUCCGAGUAACACCCUCGGACACUACCACGCUGCUGCCGCGGCACCGGCUGGAGUUUUACAUGAUGAGCGACAAGUACAUUCCUGGAGGUUCCAAGAUCGAGAUCACUGCGCCCAGUGGUUACCUCUUCACCUGUGCCUUCUUUACCACAGAUACCGGGCUGGCGAUCACCACAACAUGCUAUGUUCGAGAGCCGAACAUUGCAGAGUUCACCAUGGACACUUCAGACCCCAAGGACCCCAACUCGCCGUUUAGGCUGUUUGUCUACGUGUCAAACCCAGAGUUCACCCCACAGCAGAACUAUUUCAACUUCCGCAUCAUCAGUCCGCUUGCCGAUGUGCUGGACAUGCGUGAUUUUGUGCAAAGCUUUGACAUCACCGGUCGCAUUGAGGUUGACAUCCAGGCUACGUUCAAUUACUUCGGGCAAGUGAAUCCACUUCGCGUUGUCUUCAGACAAUCCACCAUUCUGAACCAGGCUGAUGUUGGCAACGAACUUGUGCUGUCGGGCCCAGAUGGCUUCAUCUUCCCUACGAACUGCACAGCAGGGUUUCGACUACGACUCAGCAACGCGGUGGAACAGCCCACUAGCAAUCGCGGCUAUGACAUUGGCUUCGUCUUCCCUCCGGAAGGCAUGACCUGUAGGGGCUACGACAAUGCCACUGUCAGCGUCCGAUUUCCAGACGGCUCAGGCCUUCUACGAAACAACUAUACUCUUGAAGUUGAUGUCAACAACCCUGGGUAUGUACCAAAUUCAACUUCAUGGAGCUUCGUCACACGUGUGCGGAACGCGGACGGUCAAAAGAUCGUCGAUGCCAAUCGUACCCUGGACGGUUUCGGCCUGGUCGAACUGUUGCCCAUGCGCACAGAUGAAGGCUCCACAGGAAGAGCCAAGCUCGGCGCGCUCGUGGUCUGUAUUGUGAUCCUUCGCUUGUCCGCGCAGCGAGGUUGA